GAAGGUAGAGAGACAAAAAGGAGAGAGUCAGAAAGGAGAGUGUCAGAAGGUAGAGAGACAGAAGGGGGAGAGUCAGAAGGGAGAGAAACAGAAGGGAGAGAGUCAGAAUGGAGAGAGAAAGAAAGAAAUGAGAGAGACAGAAGGGAGAGAGUCAGAAGGGAGAGAGACAGAAAGGAGAGAGACAGAAGGGAGAGAGACAGAAAGGAGAGAGUCAAAAAGGAGAGAGACAGAAAGGAGAGAGACAGAAAGGAGAGAGACAGAAAGGAGUGAGACACAAGGAAGAGAGACAGAAGGGAGAGAGACAGAAAGGAGAAAGACAGAAAGGAGAGAGACAGAAGGGAGAGAGACAGAAAGGAGCGAGACAGAAGGAAGAGAGACAGAAGGGAGAGAGACAGAAAGGAGAGAGUCAGAAGGUAAAGAGACAGAAGGGAGAGAGACAGAAGGGAGAGAGACAGAAAGGAGAGAGACAGAAAGGCAAGAGACAGAAGGGAGAGAGACAGAAGGGAGAGAGACAGAAGGGAGAGCGUCAGAAGUGAGAGAGACAGAAGGGAGAGAGACAGAAAGGAGAGAGACAGAAAGGAGAGAGACAGAAGGGAGAGAGACAGGAAGGAGAGAGUCAGAAGGUAGAGAGACAGGAAGGAGAGAGACAGAAGGGAGAGAAACAGAAGGGAGUGAGACAGAAAGGAGAGAGGCAGAAGGGAGAGAGACAAAAAGCAGAGAGUCGGAAGGGAGAGAGACAGAAGGUAGAGAGACAGAAGGGAGAGAGUCAGAAGGGAGAGAGACAGAAAGGAGAGAGUCAGAAGGUAGAGAGACAGAAGGGGGAGAGUCAGAAGGGAGAGAAACAGAAGGGAGAGAGUCAGAAGGGAGAGAGACAGAAGGGAGAGAGUCAGAAAGGAGAGAGACAGAUAGGAGAGAGACAGAAGGUAGAGAGAUAGAAAGGAGAGAGACAGAAGGUAAAGAGACAGAAGGUAGAGAGACAGAAGGGAGAGACUCAGAAAGUAGAGACUCAGAAAGGAGAGAGACAGAAAGGAGAGACUCAGAAAGGAGAGACUCAGAAAGGAGAGGGACAGAAAGGAGAGAAUCAGAAAGGAGAGAGACAGAAAGGAGAGAGACAGAAGGGAGAGAGACAGAACGGAGAGAGAAAGAAAGGAGAGAGACAGAAGGGAGAGAGUCAGAAGGGAGAGAGACAGAAGGGAGAGAGUCAGAAGGUAGAGAGACAGAAGGUAGAGAGACAGAAGGGAGAGAGUCAGAAGGUAGAGAGACAGAAAGGAGAGACUCAGAAAGGAGAGACUCAGAAAAGAGAGAGACAGAAAGGAGAGACUCCGAAAGGAGAGAGACAGAAGGGAGAGAUUCAGAAAGGAGAGAGACAGAAAGGAGAGUAAGAAAGGAGAGACUCAGAAAGGAGUUAGACAGAAAGGAGAGACUCAGAAAGGAGAGAGACAGAAAGGAGAGAGACAGAAAGGAGAGAGACAGAAGGGAGAGAGACAGAAGGGAGAGAGAAAGAAAGGAUAGAGACAGAAGGGAGAGAGCCAGAAGGUAGAGAGACAGAAGGUAGAGAGACAGAAGGUAGAGAGACAGAAAGGAGAGACUCAGAAAGGAGAGAGUCAGAAAGGAGAGACUCAGAAAGGAGAGAGAUAGAAGGGAGGAGGUCAGAAGGGAGAGAGACAGAAGGUAGAGAGACAGAAAGGAGAGACUCAGAAAGGAGAGAGACAGAAGGGAGGAGGUCAGAAGGGAGAGAGACAGAAGGGAGAGAGACAGAAGGGAGAGAGUCAGAAGGGAGAGAGACAGAAAGGAGAGAGACAGAAGGGAGGAGGUCAGAAGGGAGAAAGACAGAAAGGAGAGAGACAGAAGGGAGAGAGACAGAAGGGAGAGUGUCAGAAGGGAGAGAGACAGAGGGGAGAGAGACAGAAGGGAGAGAGACAGAAGGGAGAGAGUCAGAAGGGAGAGAGACAGAAGGGAGAGAGACAGAAGGGAGAGAGACAGAAGGGAGAGAGACAGAAAGGAGAGAGACAGAAGGGAGAGAGUCAGAAGGGAGAGAGACAGAAAGGAGAGAGUCAGAAA